AUGCGAGACCGUUCUCGUAGUCCGCUUGGACGAGAUGAUCGACGCAAGGGAGGCUCAUUCGGGCAGGGUAUGUUAGCUUCACGGUUUUGUAGUUCUUUCCUUGAGUAUCAUCAAUUGUGAUUGUCUCGUUCUCCAUUUUGGUUUCGGUUGGUAUCAGCUAAAGGCUAAUUGUCGGUAAAAGUCAAAGGUUUUCCGUGGUUUCGUUACAUGACUUCGUUUUCAGGCGGUAGGUUUGAUCCUCAUAGCGAUAAGAUGGUAUACUUUACAAACCUGGCAUAUGAUAUGUCAUGGAUGGAUCUGAAAGACGUUAUCAGGGAUAAAGGUGGAGAGGUGUGUUUUGGUGAAAGUUAGCGUCAUGCCUAGAGAGAAGCCUCGCUGAUUUCUUGACGUUUUUGGUCAUUGCAGGUACAAUUUGUCGAACUCUUGAAAAACAAGGAUGGCAAAUCGAAAGGUGUCGCGGUAGUCGAAUUCACAAGCAAGGAAUCGGCUCAGAAAACAAUUGAAGUCCUCCACAGAGAGAAUAUUCGUGGUCGAGUUAUAUCUGCAAAGGAAAUCAGAGUACGGAGUUUGUAUUUUCCGGUCAUUGUCAUAGGCGCAUAUAAGUUCUUCUCGAUGGCCAGAGUUUUAAUAGGGAAAUCAUGGAUCCACCAGAUUCGUUGUUUUAUUCCUUUGAGCUUUUUCUAUCGAGAUUCUUAUGAUUCUUCUUGUCAAUCCACCUUAGGUGUUGUUUUAGGAUCCGCAAGCAUUCUUCCGUAAGAUCAAGGAGGAAUCGGGAAUUGACUUCUUAAAAGACAACAACAAACGUGACAGAGUUCCAGUAUCCAGAGAUCGCCGUUCCUCCCCUCCUUUGAGAACUCCUGCUGAGACUUUUGGAUUGAGUUCUUCGUUUUUGGACAGUUUGAAUCUAAAGCCUCCUCUAGUUAAUCGAGUUUUUAUUACGAAUGUAAGUUAGACGACAUUGUGCCAUUUUCGUUUAGAUCUCCUACAGCUGCGGAGUCGGAAAGUUGUAUGAUGUGUUUGCUAUGGCCGGGAAGAUCGUUUGGUUUGAUCUUCAGUUAGACAAGGAGGGAAAGUCCAAAGGCAUGGCAAUUGUUGAAUACUCGCAUCCAAUCGAAGCAGUUCAGGCCAUUUCCAUGCUGAACAAUCAACGUCUUUUUGAUCGUACGAUAACGGUAAAAAUGGACCGGUUUGAGAAAGAUCCAGACCGUGAUCGAAACGGAUUACCUAAUGGUCUGAAAAGUGUCGGUAUGGGCUUGGGGGCUAACGGGAGUCCGUUGAGCGACAUCGCUUCAGUCAUUGGACAGAUGGGUUCUAAUGGGCAAACACAUAUUGGACCUUUUUCGAGCAACGGAAGCGGAAUCCUUAAUCAACCUCAAUCUAACUUCCCAUUCAGCCAGCCGUCUGUGUUUGAUAGUGGUCCAGUAUAUCAAUCACAACUUCUUAACUCAGGCAUUAACCAAAGCUUUAGCUCAUCGGCUCAAAGACAAAUCUCCCCAUCCAAUGCGUUGUUUGGAACACAGGCAUCAUUUGUUAAAGAACAAGUUCCAUCCCCAUUCCCAUCCCAAACUGGCUUUUCUGGGGGAUUUGAUAGGAGAUCUGCCCAGCUAGCCCAGAAUAGUUUCCAAUCAAACACUACGGUUAGAUCUGGCCAAGGAUACUUGCCGUCAUACGACGCUCCUACCCGAGUCAUUCUCAUCAAAAAUGUAAAACAUUUCAUACAUGUUCUUCUUAUUAUUCAAUUUUUUUCUAGCUGCCUCAUGACUACACAUGGGAUGUCAUCGCUCAAAGAGUAAGGCAGUUUGGAGAUUUUGAAUCCGUGGAAUUGGUCAGCUCGGGUGUGGCAAAAGUUCGAUUCCUUCACGUUCAAGAUGCCGAAAGAGCCAAGGCCACGUUGAAUCAGACACUUGUGGAGAAUAACAUGAUUGCUGUCGAAUAUAUGCUCCAGUGA